UUCUUUUUCUCAUGAUUUUUAUAAAUAUGAUAUAUUUCACCGUUAUUUAACUCUCUCUUACGACUGAGACCCGGAUAAUUAACGAAACCGUGUUUUAAACCAGUGCUCGAUUCAAAUCUUGAGUGAGUGUUGUAUAUAAACAUGGUAAAGUGUGCAUGAGUUAUCAGAGCAGAGCGGACGCUCAGUGACGGACGUGUUUGUUCACAGACGCCAACCAUGAAGCGGCAGCAGAGGCCAUCGAGAACAUGGCGGACGCCGUCACGCACGCUCGCUUCGUGGGAACAGACCCAGCCAGUGAUGAAGUGGUGCUGAUGAAGAUACUACAGGUGCUGAGGACUCUGCUGUUGACUCCAGUCGGAGCUCACCUGACCAACGAGUCCGUGUGUGAGAUCAUGCAGUCGUGCUUCAGGAUCUGCUUUGAGAUGCGUCUCAGUGAACUCCUCAGGAAAUCAGCUGAACAUACACUGGUUGACAUGGUGCAGCUGCUCUUCUCCAGAAUUCCACAGUUUAAAGAAGAGGCCAAGAGUUUUGUUGGCACCAACAUGAAGAAGCUGAAAAUGCGCGCUGGUGGAAUGAGUGAGUCGUCGAAAUGGAAGAAGCAGAAGCGCUCGCCGAGGACUCCGCGCCACACGGCCCGGAGUCCGUCCGGACAGAUGGAGCCGAACCAGUCCAGUACUCUGAGCAACAACAACCUUUCAGGUGGCGUCCCAUUCAUCGAGCCGGGUCUGUCCACCUCCAGUUUACCGGCCUCAGACAGCGCCGCCUCGUCCAUUUCCAGCCCCACAACCACAGACAGUGGCCUGGACACAGGGUCCAAGGCCACUUCCAGAGAAGACCUGUCCGACCUGGAACAGUGUAGCUCGUCUGGGAACAUGGCGGCUAACGCCAGCUCACUCCCCAACACAGAGAUCACCUCUCCUGAUCCACAGUGUGAGGGCAGACAAGUUGGACCUGCACAGUCUGUCUCAGUGGAGUCCAUCCCUGAGGUUCUGGAGGACAAAGACUCUGUCACAGAGCAGUCGGACACGUCUUCUGUCCACGACAUGGACUACGUCAAUCCCAGAGGAGUCCGCUUCACACAGUCCACACAGAGAGACGGAGCGUCCCUCAUCCCGUACGGCCUCCCAUGUCUGAGGGAACUCUUCCGCUUCCUGAUCUCGCUGACGAACCCGCACGACCGCCACAACACGGACGCCAUGAUGCACAUGGGCCUGCAGCUGCUGACUGUCGCGCUCGAGGCGGCGCACAUCGCUAACUACCAGUCGCUGCUCGGGCUGGUCAAAGACGAGCUGUGCAGACACCUGUUCCAGUUGCUGAGUGUGGACCGUAUGAACCUCUACACGUCCUCCAUACGCGUCUGCUUCUUGCUCUUUGAAAGCAUGAGAGUUCACCUGAAGUUCCAGCUGGAGAUGUACCUGAAGAAGCUGAUGGACAUCAUCACGUCGGAGAACGUGAAGAUGCCCUAUGAGAUGAAGGAGAUGGCUCUGGAGGCUCUGGUCCAGCUCUGGAGGAUCCCCAGCUUCGUCACCGAGCUCUACAUCAACUACGACUGUGACUUCUACUGCUCCAACCUCUUUGAAGACCUCACCAAGCUUCUGUCCAAGAACGCGUUCCCGGUGUCGGGGCAGCUGUACACCACACACCUGCUGUCACUGGAGGCUCUGCUCACAGUCAUCGACAGCACUGAAGCCAACUGUCAGGACAAAGUUCUCAGCACUGGAGCACAGGAGCAGACUGAUGAUACUCUGGCAGAGGGCGACGCCCCUAACACGGACAACACAGCUGAUCUCACUCGACUGACCGACACCAACGGUCUGACUCUUCCACAAACUAACAAUGAGCCGGUGUGUCCACCGACCAGUGGACACCUGAUGGCAGAGAAGAUGAAGCUGGGUCGACAGGAUCAAGGAGACAAUGAUGCUGCUGAGAAGAAACCCUCGAAGAAGCCUCAUCGUUUCUCAUCCCUCUUGCCAAACUCUCAGGAAUUACUGGACAUCAGGACAAAGAAAAAGCUGCUGAUCACGGGCACCGAGCAGUUCAACCUCAAGCCAAAGAAGGGAAUCCAGUUCCUGCAGGAGAAAGGCCUCCUCACUACGCCCAUGGACAACAACCAGGUGGCGCAGUGGCUCCGAGAAAAUCCCCGACUAGACAAGAAGAUGAUCGGGGAAUUCGUCAGCGAUCGCAAGAACAUGGAGCUUCUGGACAGUUUUGUCAACACAUUCACCUUCCAGGGCCUCCGCAUCGACGAGGCUCUGCGUCUCUACCUGGAGGCCUUCAGACUUCCUGGAGAAGCCCCCGUCAUCCAGAGACUCCUGGAGACCUUCACCGACAACUGGCAUAAAGUGAACGGCUCUCCCUUCAUGACCAAUGACGCAGGCUUUGCUUUGGCAUACGCCGUCAUCAUGCUCAACACUGACCAGCACAACCACAACGUCCGCAAGCAGAACAUCCCCAUGACCGUAGAGCAAUUCAAGAAAAACCUGAAGGGAGUCAACGGAAACCAAGACUUUGACCAGGACAUGUUGGAGGACAUCUACAACGCCAUAAAGACCGAGGAGAUUGUGAUGCCAGACGAGCAGACGGGUUUGGUGAAGGAGAACUACGUGUGGAGUCUGCUGCUGCACCGCGGUGCCACGCCCGAGGGCGUCUUCCUGCUCCUGCCGGCGGGAAGCUACGACCACGACCUGUUCUCCAUGACCUGGGGUCCAACCAUCGCCGCCCUCUCCUACGUCUUUGAUAAGAGCCUGGAUGACAACAUCGUCCAGAAGGCCAUCACUGGCUUCAGGAAAUGUGCCAUGAUCGCAGCUCACUACGGCUUCAGCGAUGUGUUUGAUAACCUGAUCAUCUCACUGUGUAAAUUCACCACUCUGAGCAGUGAGUCUGUGGAGAACCUUCCGUCUGUGUUUGGUGGGAACAUUAAAGCACAGACAGCAGCUAAGACGGUAUUUGACCUGGCUCAUCGCCAUGGUAACAUCCUGAGAGAGGGAUGGAAGAACAUCAUGGACUCCAUGCUGCAGCUGUUCAGAGCCGAGCUCCUGCCCAAAGCCAUGGUGGAGGUUGAAGAUUUCCUCGAACCAAACGGAAAGAUUUCUCUUCAACGAGAGGAGACGCCUUCAAAUCGCGGUGAGUCUGCAGUGCUGAGUUUUGUGAACUGGUUAACUCUGAGCGGAGCAGAACAGUCUGGACUCAGGGGUCCGUCCACAGAGAACCAGGAGACCAAGCAGGCGGCCAUCCUCUGCAUCAAGCAAUGUGACCCAGAGAAACUGAUCACUGAGAGUAAGUUCCUGCAGCUGGAGUCUCUGCAGGAGCUGAUGAAGGCUCUGAUCUCAGUCACUCCUGAUGAAGAGACCUACGAUGAAGAGGACGCCGCCUUCUGUCUGGAGAUGCUACUGCGGAUCGUCCUGGAGAACAGGGACCGCGUGUCCUGUGUGUGGCAGACGGUGCGUGACCACCUGUGUCACCUCUGUGUCCACGCUAACGAGAGCUGCUUCCUGGUGGAGAGAGCCGUGGUCGGACUUCUGAGACUCGCCAUCCGUCUGCUGCGGAGAGAGGACAUCAGCUCUCAGGUUCUGCUCUCCCUGCGUCUCCUGCUCAUGAUGAAAACUCACGUCCUGUCGAGGGUCAGCAGAGAAGUG